UGAAUUCAACACCUCUUGAGGUUUUCAGUUAGGCAUGCGAUUCAGUUAUCAAUUGAUGUAGCUAGAGGAACAUGUUCAUUUACGACAACGAUCGUUCAUGUUUAGUCGAGGACGUUCGGGAAGUUUUAGGCUUGAGGUUAUUCAGUGGAAGCCGUUCUGUGGGUUGCAACAUUGCUUUAGUGCUUUUACUUUUGGUUCUUAUUUGUGCUGGAAGCAUCAAUGCAUCUUCAGUUGACUGCUCCAAACCACCGUUGGAAGCUCACCCUAAAGAUUGUUGCUACAUGCCACCGUUACUAGACGAGAACCUUCUGCAUGGCUGCAAACAACUGCACGGCGGCGAACAUCUCACUCGAGGACUGAUCCACGAAAGAGGCAGUUGCUUCAUCGAAUGCGCCCUGAACUCAUCCGGAACGCUCGUCAACGGAGUCUUGGACCAGCAGAAAAUUUUGCAGCUAAUCACUAGCCGAACUGCUGCAAGCGGCUCCUCGUUAACAGCGGUCAUGGUUGCCAGCUGUGUCAAGUGCUUCCUGACGCCACAAGUUAUGGCUGCCCAUCCCGGGUAUCCACUCGAUAGCAAACACUGCCGCCCCGCGGCAUCGAUCUUCGUCAGUUGCGUCAACAUGGAAAUGUUUAAGAUGUGCUUACCGGAGUUCUGGGUCAACAGCGACAGCUGCAAUAACUUACGAUUACAUAUAACGAAUUGUCCGAUUCCGGCGUAAGAAAGAAACUUGUCAUGCCAACUCAUCUCACAAUUUUUAUUUCAUA